GACCAGCAUGACAAGUGGCGAUGCUUUGGGCUGUUCUUGCAUAUGGGGCUGGACAACUUUUCAAAUGUGGUCCUCUGGCUCAAGGUCUGGUGGACCAAUUCCAACCCAUGCCUCAUUGCUAGCUAUUAUUUGGAGGCUGCAUCUGAAAUGCAGGGCAUCCCACUGCUCACCCAGAGUGAUCCUGGCAUGGAGAAUCAUGGCAUUGCAAAUGCCCAGACAAUGCUGUGCCAGAUGCUAGAUCCAGAGCUAGCUGGAAUGCUCCAGCAUCAAUGGAUGCAGGGCCAUUCAAACAUCAAGCUGGAGAUUUUCUGGUUGAAGUUGCAUUGCCAGUGGUCAGAAGGUUGGGAGAAGUUGUUCCAGGAGGGGUUGGAUGAAUACUGCCUGGUGUUCUGGUGGCUCACUGUCCUCAUGAUCCAAGCAGACCUUGACCGGUUCAUGAGGGUUCACAACACCAGCAAACCAUGGUGGGAUAACAAGAAGGCCAUGCCUGCAGAGGUUCCAGUCUUGUUGUUGGAACACCCAUUGAGAUAUGGGCCAUAUCUCGAUUACAAGGCAAGCAGCCAGCACUGCCUCUUCAAUGAGACCAUGCCUCACUGCUCUUGUGCAGAUUGGUAUCUCACCCAAGCAUCUCCAGGUCACUUGUGA